ACUCCCGGUUUGCCCCAGGACCAGAGUCCAUACCGCAGCGAGCUCAUUGGUCUGUUGGCCGGUAUAAUGGCGGUCGAUUGGCUCCUUGAGCAAUGGUUCCCAAACAUUUCGAUCGGCCCCAAGGUGCGGAUUGCUUGCGAUGGCCUCUCGGCUAUUGAGAUGGCUUUUGAAGAUCGUCCACUGUCUCCAACUGACGCCCAGUUUGACCUGGUAUCGUCCAUUUGGGAAGCGAUCCUUCGGUCCUUGGUGGAUUGGGCGCCCCAGCACGUGUAUGGACACCUCGACAAGUCCAAUCUCUUUGACGAACUUUCUUGGUGGGAGAAACGAAACCUUGAGGUGGAUGGAAUGGCGGUGGAGUAUCGUAAGGAACUUGAGACGGUCCCCGAUGAGAUCGAGGUUCACGGUGACGAAGCCACCUUAGCUGAUGCUCUGUUGGACGGUCGCCUGCGUGUGAUCAGCGAUGGAUCCUUCAAGAACGAGUUGGGGACCGCGGCAGUUCAAAUCCUGGUGAAGCAUGGAGGAUGCCAUCGAAUCAUCAUCCGGUGUCAGACUCCCGGUUUGCCCCAGGACCAGAGUCCAUACCGCAGCGAGCUCAUUGGUCUGUUGGCCGGUAUAAUGGCGGUCGAUUGGCUCCUUGAGCAAUGGUUCCCAAACAUUUCGAUCGGCCCCAAGGUGCGGAUUGCUUGCGAUGGCCUCUCGGCUAUUGAGAUGGCUUUUGAAGAUCGUCCACUGUCUCCAACUGACGCCCAGUUUGACCUGGUAUCGUCCAUUUGGGAAGCGAUCCUUCGGUCCUUGGUGGAUUGGGCGCCCCAGCACGUGUAUGGACACCUCGACAAGUCCAAUCUCUUUGACGAACUUUCUUGGUGGGAGAAACGAAACCUUGAGGUGGAUGGAAUGGCGGUGGAGUAUCGUAAGGAACUUGAGACGGUCCCCGAUGAGAUCGAGGUUCACGGUGACGAAGCCACCUUAGCUGAUGCUCUGUUGGACGGUCGCCUGCGUGUGAUCAGCGAUGGAUCCUUCAAGAACGAGUUGGGGACCGCGGCAGUUCAAAUCCUGGUGAAGCAUGGAGGAUGCCAUCGAAUCAUCAUCCGGUGUCAGACUCCCGGUUUGCCCCAGGACCAGAGUCCAUACCGCAGCGAGCUCAUUGGUCUGUUGGCCGGUAUAAUGGCGGUCGAUUGGCUCCUUGAGCAAUGGUUCCCAAACAUUUCGAUCGGCCCCAAGGUGCGGAUUGCUUGCGAUGGCCUCUCGGCUAUUGAGAUGGCUUUUGAAGAUCGUCCACUGUCUCCAACUGACGCCCAGUUUGACCUGGUAUCGUCCAUUUGGGAAGCGAUCCUUCGGUCCUUGGUGGAUUGGGCGCCCCAGCACGUGUAUGGACACCUCGACAAGUCCAAUCUCUUUGACGAACUUUCUUGGUGGGAGAAACGAAACCUUGAGGUGGAUGGAAUGGCGGUGGAGUAUCGUAAGGAACUUGAGACGGUCCCCGAUGAGAUCGAGGUUCACGGUGACGAAGCCACCUUAGCUGAUGCUCUGUUGGACGGUCGCCUGCGUGUGAUCAGCGAUGGAUCCUUCAAGAACGAGUUGGGGACCGCGGCAGUUCAAAUC